UCGCUUAACCAACUGAGCCACCCAGGCGCCCCAUGUUAGUAUUUUAAAGGCUCUGAUGGGUCCUGUCGUAGAGGAACCCACUUACUUUGCCCAACCCAGCUUUGUGAGACCUAGUGAGUAUUUGAUGAGUAAAUUUGAAUCACUCACACAUUCCUUUCAACUCUUCUGUGUGCUUUGGUCCCCAGCUCAAGAGGAGGUCCAAGUGGCACAGCAAUGAUUAGAGACCUUACUGGGAGUGAGCAGCCUCUGGCUGGAUAGGGGCCUGUGGGCUUACCUGUCUGGUGCUCCCAUGGAGACGGGAGGCCCUGGGGUGAACAGUAUGAAGCCCCACGCGCUGCAGCUGGUGCUGGAGGAGCAAGUACUAGCGCUGCAGCAACAGAUGGCGGAGAACCAAGCAGCCUCCUGGCGGAAGCUGAAGAGCUCCCAGGAGGCCCAGCAGAGGCAAGCAAGCCUCGUGAGGAAGCUGCAGGCCAAGGUGUUGCAGUACCGGACCUGGUGCCAAGAGCUGGAGAAGCAGCUGGAAGCCACCGGGGGACCAACCCCUCAGAGGUGGGAAAGCGUGGAGGAGCCGAACCUGGAGCAGCUGCUGGUCCGAUUAGAGGAGGAGCAACAGAGGUGUGAGAGUCUAGCAGAGGUGAACACCCAGCUUCGACUGCACAUGCAAAAAGCUGACAUGGUGAAUAAAGCACUUCGGGAAGAUGUGGAAAAACUGACAGUGGACUGGAGCCGAGCCCGGGACGAGCUAAUGAGGAAGGAGAGCCAGUGGCAGAUGGAGCAGGAGUUCUUCAAGGGCUACCUGAAAGGGGAGCACGGUCGCCUUCUUGGUCUGUGGCGGGAGGUGGUGACCUUCCGACGUCACUUCCUGGAAAUGAAGUCAGCUACUGACAGAGACCUGACGGAGCUCAAGGCUGAGCAUGUGAGGCUUUCAGGGUCCCUGUUGACCUGUUGUCUGCGCUUGACUGUGGGCGCCCAGUCUCGCGAAUCUGAUGGAUCUGGGAGACUGGAUGGGAGUGAGCCAACCCAGCUGCUGCUUCUACUAACCAAGACCCAGGAGCUGGAGAAGGAAGCCCAUGAAAGGAGCCAGGAGUUAAUACAGCUGAAGAGUCAGGGCGAUCUGGAGAAGGCUGAGCUGCAGGAUCGGGUGACCGAGCUCUCUGCUCUGCUGACCCAGGCUCAGAAGCAAAAUAAAGAUUAUGAGAAGAUGUUAGAGGCUCUGAGAGAGACAGUGGAGAUCCUGGAGGCAAAUCAUGCAGAAUUAAUGGAACGCGAGUCAUCUCUCAGCAGGAAUGCCCAAGAGGAGAAGCUGUCUUUACAGCAGGUGAUCAUGGAUAUAACCCAGGUCAUGGUGGAAGAACGGGACAAUAUGGCCCAAGGCUGUGGUCAAGAUUGCUCCUUGGAGUUGGACGCUCGUGGCUUCUCCUCGCAGUUUGAUUCCCAGGACCCAGACAAGACCCUUACUCUGGUGCGUUCAGUGGUGACUCGAAGACGCCAGGCUGUGCAGGACCUGAGGCAGCAGCUUUUGGGCUGUCAGGAAGCUGUGAGCUCCUUGCGGCAGCAGCAUAAUCAGUGGGAGGAGGAGGGCGAGGCCUUGAGACAGCGGCUGCAGAAGCUCACCGGGGAGCGUGACACUCUGGCAGGGCAGACCGUGGACCUCCAGGGAGAGGUGGAGUCUCUCAGCAAGGAGCGAGAGCUCCUGCAGAAGGCCAGGGAGGAGCUGCGGCAGCAGCUGGAGGUGCUGGAGCAGGAGGCGUGGCGGCUGCGGAGGACAAAUGUGGAGCUUCAGCUGCAGGGGGACUCUGCUCAGGGUGAGAAGGAGGAGCGGCAGGAAGAGCUACACCUGGCCAUCCGUGAAAGGGAGCGCCUGUAA